AUGCCACCACCCCCCACAAACCCAUCCGCCUCCUCCGCCUACGCCGACCUCAGCACGACCCGGUACGACAAAGAAGUCGCCGCCAUCGACACGCGGCGCGACACGGCGCUGCUAACCCGCCAACCCGUCACCGUGGCCGAGGGCCGCGCCCCCAAAGGCCUCGAAGCGGCCGUGUUCCAGUGGAAGACUUUGCAAUUCACAAUCGACGAGGACAAGGACGCCAAGGAGGAGGGCAAGGAGGAUUUACAUGGGGGACAGUUGCAUCGACAGAAUAGGGUUGCGAGGGGGGAGGUUGUAGUGUUUGGUGGGGAUGGGAAUGGGAAUGGGGGAAGGGGUGGCAGGGGAGGGAAGAGGGGGGGAGGUGCUGGUGCUGGCGGUGGGAAGGGGAAGGGGAAAACUGGGGAGGAGGAGGAGGAGCAUUGUGUGAGGGCGGGGUGUAAGCCGGGGGAUGUGUGGCCUUGUGCCAAGGGGUUUCCGGAGGAGUUGGAGAGGGAUAUGUUUUUGUGA